CAAAAUUUUUCAAAGUUCUAGGUACAUCAAAUCUAAAAUCGUAAAAACACGUACAAUCUAGAGAAUAGCUGUAACAGAAACGGGUGAUAACACAAACGGUGCCUCAUAGCACUCUAGACUAAGACCCGUGACUUUUUCAUUUCCAAGAGUGACAAAUUAUGAAUCUAUCGCAGUCUAAUUUUUUGUUUUAUUCUCCACAAACUGUAAUGCAGUAGUAAACUUGCUGUAUUCAAUAUCUUACCCUUAAAAUGUGUUCUUUUUUAAAAGACGCUAUCAUUGAAAUAUUGAUGGUCGUUAUCAAUUACUCGUAUCAACAGACAGCUUUUGUACACAAUGCGUACAAGGUAGUAAGCAAAUAAGCUCAUGGUAUGAUUUGGUGAUGUUGAUAAGAGAAAAUCUAUCAUUACCUCACAAUUGCCUGACUUCGUAAAUCGCGCUGUAAAAUUCGAAAUUUUGGACCACACAUACGUUUACGUCCAAGAGCGUAAAAUAAUAACGAGGGAGAUAAAAAAAUAGCAAAUCUUACCUCGAAAAAGAAGGUCACCCGUGUCAAACCGAGUGUUGGCUCUGCAGAAAUUAAACUUUACAAAAUCGAUAAAUUAGAGAAAAAAAUAAGAUAAAAAAAAAAAAAAUAAAUAAAUAAAUACUACGUACGGUAUUCGAAUUUCUUUCCACUGUUUAAAUUCAACUAAUUUGGCAUGUACAAUAUAGAAAAUGGUUGUGAAAGAGACUAUGAUAACGCGCAUAAAGUGAUGUCGAACAACAAAUAUUAUCGCCAAGACAAUUUGAUAAGAAGAAAGUGCUACACAAAAUGGAUUGUAAGCUAUCGGCAUUCCUUGUUUAGUUCAGAAUCAAAUUAAAAAUAGGUGAAAUGUCUUUUAGCCUUUUAGGUGAUCCACUAGAACGCUGCCCCAUUGAAAUUUUUUUUACACAAAUAACUCGACUAAGAGUGCAAGACGACAUAAUUUAUAGCCAUCAAGGUUUGUUCAAAAGUAUAUUGGAUACGAAAUAUUUCAAGUAAUCAUUAUUUUAUGCUGUGAUUAUCUGAGGCGCUAUCAUGAUGAAAAUACUGCAGUCUGUUAUCAACACUUGUAUCGGCCGACAGUAUUUGCGCGAGAUCGGUUCAAAGCAGCAGCAAGUCACACCACUCUCAACAGUUUUCGCUUUAGAGCCGAAAUUUCAAAGUCACGACUAAGCAAUUACUGUUUCAAAACAACAAAAUGGAAAUCAAAUUAAAUAGGGAAGUACUGUUGGGACAAGGUGGCUUUGGUGCAGUGUUUCUGGGCACGUUUCAAGGCCGUGAAGUGGCGGUCAAAAGAGUUGAGCUUAUUCGUGCUAAUGCUAACGAGGGGAAAAAUCUAAAACAGAUAAAUCAUCCUAAUGUCGUCCAACUCUUCCACGUCGAAUGCACCGACGAUUUCAAGCACUUUGCUUUGGAGCUGUGCACCGCAUCAUUAGAUCAGAUAUUUCUAGAGCCUAACGAUCCCAAAAAAUACAACGGGCCUAAACUGCCGUAUCAUUUUGAAAUUUUCUCCCAAUUGGCUUCGGGUCUUGAGCACAUUCAUUCAAGAAAUUUAAUUCAUCGAGACAUCAAGCCGGAAAAUAUACUCAUCUCGGUCGAUUCCACGGGCCAAGACGUUAAGGUAACAAUGAAAUGGGCUGAUUUUGGUCUGUCCCGGGCCGUGAAUGAGCGAGGGACAUUCACGAUGAACAGUGGAGUAAAAGGAACAAGCUACUGGUACGCCCCUGAGUUACUAAGAAUAAGUCAUAAUUUUCAGUCGCAACCAAAAAAGAUGGAGCAGCCGAGAGGUACCGUCAAAAGUGACGUAUUUGCUCUAGGCCUCGUCUACGCUUUUCUUCUUUUAGACGGAGAACAUAUUUACGGUUCUCAUAUAAAUGAAAUUCACGAAAACAUUUUGAAAGGGAGUGCAAUAAAUAUCAAUAAAUUAGAGCGGUCGCAUUACGCGUACGAUCUCAUUAACGAAAUGUUAAAAAUGGAACCUAAUGAUCGAAUGUCUUCAUCAAAUAUAAUUGAAAGACUCAAAUCUGAAAAACUAAAGCUUGCAGAUAAAGAAAAGGUUAUGCUUCAACUGUGUACAAUAAGAGAUCCAAUCUUCCCUUCGACAGAUCAAAGCGAAAAACUAAAAACCUUGAUUCGCCAAGGAGUUGACGUGAACGUGAAAAACAGUAACGGAAGCAAUGCACUACAUUUACUGUGCCAAUAUAAUUCAAGCGAAAGAUUAAUCGACAUAAUCCAAUUAUUUAUCCAGCAAGGGAUCGAUGUCAAUGGGGAAAACAACUAUGAAAACAACGCACUCCAUUUAUUAUGUAAAUUUAAUAGAAGCGAAAGACUGAUCGAUGUAAUCCAACUGUUAAUCGAACUUGGGAUCGAUGUCAAUGGGGAAAACGAUGAAGGAGACGCACUCCAUUUAUUGUGUCAAUUUAACACAAGUGAAAGAUUGAUCGAUGCAAUGCAAUUGUUAAUUGAACUCGGGAUCAACGUCAAUGAGAAAACCAUCUACGAAAACAACGCACUCCAUUUGUUGUGUCGAUUUAAUACAAGCGAAAGAAUAAUCGACGCAAUCAAAUUACUAAUCCAAGGUGGAUUUGAUGUCGAUGGCAACAAUGUGCGCUCAUUUCUAUGGGAGAAGGCCAAUAUUAAUUAUGAUAAAAUUAUUAAACUCUUUCAAUCAUUGACAAUUGAUUUCAUCUUCUGAUGCUUUCAGCCGAUCUGAAGUUAGUUGUCACAUUGACAACGUGAUAUGAACAUUUUUUAUUGUUUAACUUACAGUCAUGUCAAAGUAAUUUGCAGAAAACACUGAGCGAUUAAACGAAUCAUUAGGUAGUUAGCUACCAGCAAAGAAUUGUCGACAAAAUU